AUUUAUUUAAUGUCAAAUCAAUAGCAACUGAAGGAAGAAUUACAGUUGUGUCGGACUUAAUUGAGUAAAUUGAGUAUUGAAAAAGAUUAGGUAUAAUUUAUAUUGUCUAAAUAGACAGUGUUUGAAUUAAAUAAAGUAAUUAGAUUAGUGGAUAGAUUACAGAUUCAAAUUAGUGAGAAAGAUGCUGAAAUUUCUAUGCUUCAUUAAUAAUUAGAUGAUUAGAAUAAAUAUCACUAGUAAUAAUUAGAAUAAGUCAAGUAUCCUAUAAGAUAAAUAAAAAGAUAACAUUAUGAAUAUCUCAAAGAAAGUGCUAUUUCUAGACUAAAGUCAGAAAUCAGUUUAGAUUCAGAGAUUAUGAUUCAAGAAUUAAGAGAAACAAAAUAAAUAUAUUAAGAAAUUUUAGAUAUCGAAGCCAAACGCAAAUCAUCUUAUUCUUAAGAUGAUACUCAUUGUUAAUCAAUUAAUGAUUACUAAAAACUAUUCACGGAAAAAUAGGAACUAAAAUAACUAGUUGAAAAAUUAUAGAAGAUUAAUUCUAGUUAGAAUACUGAACAAUCUAAUGAACUCAUUUAAGAGAUCUAAUAUUUAAAAGAUCAACUGUAGAAAUUGUAUAACUUUUCUUUUUAUUAUCUAGAACCCUCGAAUUAGAUAAUGCCAAAUAGACUAUAAAUAUUCUACAAAAUAAAGCUCUAAAGUAGUAAAAUCUAUUGAAGGAAUAUUAUACUAACGAUUUUCAGGGGUGA